AGACUCUUGAUCUGGUUGGAUCAUCAUAUGAGAGGUGUGUGUAGUGAGGCAGGAUGCGUCGGCCAGCCACCCUGGUCAUCACUCAGUCACUGGUCAGGUUCUUGGUGCUCUUCAUGCUAAAGGGCAACAUAGAUCAGGAUAACUAUGACGACUCUGCUCACCUCCUGCCUCAGUACGACUUCAUUGUUGUGGGGUCAGGGUCAGCCGGGAGUGCCGUGGCGUCCAGGCUGGCUGAGGUGAGGGAGUGGAAGGUGCUGGUGCUGGAGUCAGGGGGGCCGCCGCCCCCCGAGUCUCAGAUCCCUGGGAUGAAUGCGUUCCUGAUGCAGAGUGAGUCAGACUGGAACUACUUCACAGUGCCCCAGAAACACGGCCUCUUCAACUACAACAACAAUGCGUGUGCCUUUCCACUGGGUCGUGUGGUGGGUGGGUCGUCAACCAUCAACUGGAUGAUGUACGUGAGAGGCAACAGUCGUGACUACGACCACUGGCAAGCGCUGGGCAACCCUGGCUGGGACUACCACACUGUCCUACGCUACUUCAAGAAGGCGGAGCAUUACAGAGGAACACGUAACAAGAACACAGCCGAGUACCACGGUCGAGGGGGGCCGCUGUCAGUGGAUGACAAGCGGUGGGGAGCGCCGCUCCUCGCUGGCUACCUCAAGGCUGGACAAGAACUAGGCUACAGUGUCAUUGACGCCAACGGGCCAGAACAGAUAGGAUUCUCUGUAGCUGACAUGACACAAGUUGAUGGAGGCAGGUCUUCAGUGGCGCAGUCUUACCUCCGUCCUGCACUCGACCGAGGCAACCUACAUAUUGUCUCCAGAGCCCACGUCACACAGGUUCUCUUUGAUGACGAUAAGCGAGCAGUUGGCGUCACAUUUGAACACCUGGGAAAGGUUCGCAAAGUGUUGGCACGGCGAGAAGUGAUAGUGUCAGCAGGAGCUAUUGGUUCCCCUCACCUGCUGAUGGUGUCAGGUAUCGGCCCGGCUCAGCACCUCACUCAGCAUGGGAUACCAGUGGUGGCUGACCUGCCUGGAGUGGGCAGCAACCUGCAGGAUCAUCCCUCCAUCUUUGGCCUCACAUGGACAGUUAAGCCAGGAUCUGGUGUCAGUCUCUUCAAUCUAGUCAAUCCUGUGCACAUCAGAAACUACCUCAACAACAGACAAGGUCCUUUAACAAGUCCAAUGGGUGUAGAGGGCAAUGCCUGGAGCCUGGCUGAGGUGGGUGACCCCUAUUGGCCUGACCUUCAGUACCUCUUCAUGUCCGGCACUCCGGCUCUUGAUGAUGGUCUCUUCAUCACUGACAUCAUCGGCUUCAGGAGAGAUUUCUUCCAUAGAUAUUUUGGCCCAAUUAAAGGUCAGCAGGGGUUCAACAUUGGGCCCAUGCUGACUCGACCAAAGAGCCGGGGAACAGUACGGCUGAGGUCAAGAAACCCUCGUGACCCUCCACUCAUUGACCCUAACUUCUUGAGCCAUCCUGAUGAUGUCACCACCUUCAUACGGGGUAUAAAAUUUUCUCUGGCAAUUGGCAACACGUCAGCUCUGAAGAUUGAUCACGAAGCCAAAUUUUACGAUAAGGUUUUGCCUGGAUGUGAGAAGGAAGUAUAUGGAUCUGAUAGUUACUGGGCUUGCUUCACUCGACACAUGGCCCAGACAACAUUCCACCCAGCUGGUACCUGCAAGAUGGCUCCACCUUCUGACCCUUACGGGGUUGUUGAUCAUACACUCAAAUUACGAGGAGUAUCAGGAGUACGUGUAGUGGAUGCUUCCAUCAUGCCGCAAAUAGUGUCUGGCAACCUCAACGCACCUGCCAUUAUGAUUGGUGAGAGAGCUGCUGAUCUUAUUAAGCAAGAUUGGGGGAUCUCCAUUUAAUUCUUAAAAAAAAGUACAGUCCUUAGAAUAUACCUGGAAUAUCCCUGGAGGGUGUUCCGGGGUCAACGCCCCUAUGGUCCGGACCAUGGCCGGGAUAUAACAGAAAUGAGUUAUUGCUUAAAAAUGAAACUGACCAUGGUAGGUUAUGUUAAGUGUAUACCAAUAACUGGAAAAUAUGACAUAAACACUCGGUAUGUGUGUGAAAAUAAAUAAUAGUAUCAAUGUGUACACAUGUGGAUGUGAAUGGUUUGAAAAACCGACAAGUUGA